AGAUUUACUUAAUUUAGAGGUAUUUGUCAUAUGCACAGUCUUUUUCUGAAAUUGAGAGCCCAGAAAGUUAAUUUACAAUAAUGAGGACGAGAAUGUCGUACCGGUUUUAUUAAGAGCAAAGAAUUACUGGUGUUGAAGACAUGGCGGUGUAAUCAGUGUGAUAAAGGGGAGUCCAAUGUUUCAAGCAAACAACUUAAGUUGAAACCCUUGCCAACGGAGUAGGAUAAGACCUUGGAAGAUCGAGCGGGAAAGGGCUUUGCUGUCGAGAAUGCGCGAGUACAAGAUUGUGGUCCUGGGAAGUGGAGGCGUAGGAAAAUCAGCUCUUACUGUCCAGUUUGUGCAGGGCAUCUUUGUCGAGAAAUAUGAUCCUACUAUUGAGGACAGCUACAGGAAGCAAGUUGAAGUGGACGGGCAGCAAUGUAUGCUUGAAAUUCUAGACACGGCAGGCACGGAACAAUUUACAGCAAUGAGGGAUUUAUACAUGAAAAAUGGUCAGGGAUUUGUCCUAGUGUAUUCCAUCACAGCACAAUCAACAUUUAAUGAUUUACAAGACUUAAGGGAACAAAUUUUGCGGGUUAAGGAUACAGAAGAUGUACCGAUGGUGUUGGUGGGAAAUAAGUGCGAUUUGGAAGACGAACGAGUGGUAGGCAAGGACCAGGGGGCAAACCUGGCACGGCAAUUCAGCUGCGCCUUCAUGGAAACAUCUGCCAAAGCCAAAAUUAAUGUAAAUGAUAUAUUUUAUGAUUUAGUGCGACAAAUUAACAAGAAGUCACCAGAGAAGAAGCCAAAACAAAAAAAGAAGUCCCUUUGUGUUCUUCUAUAAGAAAGACCAAGUGGCGCAUGUGGUGCCAACCCAAACUGUACAUAACAUAAUGUUGUGGCCUGGCACCGACAGGAUGAGGGGUGGGGAAGGAAAGGGCUUCCCCAGCCCACAGUUAUCUUAUUAAAAUGAAUGAAUCCGUGGUCACGUUGUUUUCCCAAGAGCCUGUCGAACUGCUAGCAUUGGCCCAAGCCGGUAUUGGGCGUCGUCGUAGUCCCGAGAGCAUGUUGUGAGAAACGACACAGGAAGUGCACGAGGAUCUGGCAGCGAGCGUACGUGCCAUUCUUUGUGCCGAGGCGUCGACUCUGGAGGCCCACCACGAAGACCAGUGGCAUUUUGCUACAUGUGGGCAGAUCCUCCUCUCUGUUUGGAAAAUUCUGCACGACACCGUGACAGGACUCGAAGAUCUCACUAGUUGAAAGAAAACAAAACAAGAAUAAACAGCUAAAAAAAGUUUGUAGUGAAACUACUCUUUUUUCAGUCUGUGGCCUUAAUACUUUGUGUACUGAGUCCUCCCACCCCUGUGUCCCCUUUCAUGCCCCCUCCAUGGAAGACCAAGGUCCAGAUCAGUUGGCUUGACGCACGCCACUUCCACCGGGCCUUCGUUUUUUUAUCGGACGCCACCGGUCUGCCCGAGCCGUUCCAUCUCCGCGGCUCCUCCGGACUGGAUGGAACGGAAACAAACUGACCAACCAAGUGACUAAAUGUCAUUCAUAUCUCAUUCAAUGUAAAGCUGCCACGGUCUCUUUGUAAAUUUGUGCAGAAAACAAAAAUAACCACAAAAAAAAGGAAAGAAAGUAAACAGUUAUUAUGGUGAUAGUGUUUCCUACUUUUUAUCUGGAAAUGUAGAGCAGUUUAUUCACAUAAUUCAGCAAAUGUUGUAACCCCCUAGUUUUCCUUCCACUUCUCACCAGAGUAAUGAAAAAAUAGUAAUUAUUGCAUAUAGAUAAUUUGUUUUUGAGUGUCAUAUUAGUUGUUAUGUAAAAUGUAUGUAUUUUGCCUUGUUGCUGAUUGGCUAUUGUAAUGAAUAUAGUUUUUGUCUCUUGCAAUCCUGUCGGCCUCCCCCUUCCAGAUGUAAUUUUGAAGAUAACUAUUUUGCCGCCGUCACGCGCGCGCUCUGAUAGCAGUACAAAUGAGGAAGGAAAACUGGAGCUUGCGGAAGCCCCGACGCGUGGCCAGACGAAAGACAAAGUGGGAAAUGAAAGAAUUUUGUCCUCUCUCUUCAUGCAAGCUGCUGUGCUUGAGGUAUUUAAAAAGACCUGGCUUUUAUUAUGUAACAUAUUUUUGUAUAUUUUUAUGUGGUUGUGUUCCUGUGUCGGACAUCAUGAUUAAAAAUGUGCAGGUGCAUAGUUGGCAAUACAACAGAUUAAGAAUGCAUUUUCUAACUUUUAUGGAAAUAUGUCUGAAAGAAUGCGCGGCCAUGUUGCGCUUUUUCAUUGAAAGACGUUGUCUGUUUAAAUAUUACUGAUUCAGCAUCAAUGUUUUUGUUUCUGCAUAAUGAGGAUAGGUGUAAUAUUUUUGUCACAAUUAAUUCCAUUUGGUAAUUGUAUUUAUAUGUGAAAGGGAAACUCCUGAGGUGGUCGUUCUUUUGUUUGUGAGAAUGGAUUGCCAGAGCUUGUUUCAGUGUAAUGGCCCAGAGGAGAAGCAGAAAAGUAACUCUCAUGGACUUGCACAGUAUUGAGUCUGGGCCCCCCACCACCACUUUGUACACUUUUCAAAUAUCGUAUUGUCCAUGUACAGAUUUGCCUUCUGUUGAAUAUUUUAGAAGUUUUAUUUGUUGUCGCAGAGAGCUCGCUCGCCAGUUAGAGUGUACGUAAAAUCCGUUAUGUUUACAUGCAGUUUGCAUUCAGAGAUUGUACUUUGUGCAUAUUGAUCGGGCGCGGGGACAUCGAAACGGACCUCGAGGCGGAGCGAUCGCCUCGAGGUGCUUCCUGUCGUCAUUUCGCAGAAAGCAAUGUCUGCCUCAGUGGAAUUGAACUUCUUUCCCCACUUUGUGGUUUGUCCCACGCCAACACGUGAAUUAAAGUUCUUGUGCGUGGAAUUGUUGAUUGACGUCCGCAGGCACAGGGUAUUUUGAGCAAGCAGCGUGCAGUUCCAGGUUUGUAGUUUCUCUGGCUUGGUGAGGACACUUUAAAGACGUGUUUUUGAAAUUUCUGUUGUAUAAUUUAUUGCUUUUAGCACAGGUGUUUCUUCCCAAAUUGCAUUGUUUUUAUAAUGUUAUAUGAAAUUAUCGAUCAGUUGUGGAAUUUUGAUCUUCCAGUUAUUAGCAGUGGAGUAGUAACCAGGUAAGAAGCAGGCCCAUUAGCAAUCAAUCACUCAUCAAAAACCAUUUUCACUCCUUUAUUGUAAAUGCUUCAUAAACUGGUAAUAAAUGAUUUUUCUGUA